CGGAUUUGAGCAAAACCAUCGUCGUGUUACUUCUUUUUAUUUUUCAUUUUUCUUCGGGACUCGUCGAGCUUCGCCGUUGCUGGAACCAAAACACUCGUGCAAUUGGAUCGGCGACACCCAAUAAUGGACAAAUUUAAGAUGAUGAUAUUCGUGGGCUUGUUCGUCUUGCUGGUCGUCGACCUAGCCAUCGCGGAGAUACCAAAGCCGAGCUACGCCAGGACGAUGCUGAAAGUGUCUCGCAGCCUUCCAGGUGAAACCGAAGAGGUCAAGGUACGAACGAGCGAAGGGAGUUUAGCUACUCUGAUUGUCAAGAGACGGGACAAGUCGUUCCUGGAGGAACCAACGAUCGGCGAGUCUUCUCCGGUGACCGGCAAACUCGAUUUCGUCGAAAGGAACGAAAACGGUACACCAUUCGAUGCGGGAAAAACUGCCAAGUACGAGACCACGAAGAAAGAAGAGGUCAGGAAGCUGGAGGAGGCUCAGAUAGAACGACUUAGGGCUACGCUUUCGGAUUCCAGCGGACAGAAAAAUUCUCCAAGAGCGGAGAACGUCUCCGCGAGAAGCGAGGGGCUCGUGGUUUCUGAAAAGGAUCAGGCUGUCAGCGAGAAAAAUAUCGAUUACGGAAACUGGACGCCACUGGGAACCGAUGGACGAGCGGUAUCGUUGCUGGAGUCGACCACCGAGGAGUAUCAGAGUUGGAAACCUCUUCGCAGCGACCCACAGACUACCACGGACGAGAGAAGGAAUUAUGCCAGGCUCGACGGACCGCUUCCACCCAGCGGGCUUGUUUUGCUUCGACAUUUUCAAGAUCGAUCGCAAAGGAAGUUGCAGCUCAACGAUUCGCCGGGAGAGGAGGGUAGAUACGCGUUUCUACCUCAUCAGAUCCGUUCCACCAGGACGAACGUAGGCGCGAAUUUGUCGAAAAAUAGGGACGCGAAGAAUGUGCCACCGGAAGUGAUCGUUAGGUCGGAGAUAAACGUGAAAUCGAGCCAGAAGAGGUCGCCGAUGACACUGGACAGAGACGGCACCCCGGUGAUUCACGGGAAGAGGGUUCCCGAUGAACCUAUAGACAAGAUUCAAACCUGGCGCAACGCGAGGGUGAUAAAUAAUAAGUUGAUACGCGAGGGAACAUCUACCGAGAACUCGGAACUCUCUACAGGCUUCUAUCCGCGGCCGACGGAGAGUGCUGGAGAGAGACAGAGAUUCGAGAGGUUCUUCAAAAAUGUUAAUCGAAGAUACAGCAAAGACGUCGAACAGGAACAACGGGACAAGAACGUUUUCUUGGAGUGGGAUCCGCAGAAUUACAAAAACGAACCACUGAAUGCAGAGGUGUACGAGCCAAGGAGCGACAAUUACAGAGCCAGCACGCGCAAGAGGAUGCUGCACCCCGAUGCCGCAGCAAUUUACCCUGUUUCUCAGCUGUACACCCCGGAAAGCCAGAAAAUCGCUCCGGUAGCACUGAAACCAGGCGCCAGAGCGCCGGUUCUUCAGUACGCCCAUCCGGAACUUGGCGUCCAACCGGCCAAGAUUCUAAAGAAUGAGAAAAAACGACCUGACAAUUUUCCAGAGAAUCAAUAUUCGUUUACAGAGCAAAGACAGAAGAAAAAGUACGUUCUGAACGACAAGAACAUCGUCGACACCUACACGACGAAGAAUUAUUAUCCGAAUCAGCAUUUCUACGGUCUAAAGAGGCCCAACGACGCGCCGUUCUGGGUAAAAAUAUCGGAAAACCUGAAGAGCCAGUUUUCCAACGGCGUGGAAAAGGUCUCGCAAUUCACGCGACCGGUAAUCGAUCCUCUGGUGGAGGCUACUCAGAAGAUCUCUCAGAACUUGGGUCUCUCGAAGGGCAACGAGGCUCAAGAGAAGAUCGGUACCGUCGCUUCCACCGGUGGUAGCAUUUUGAUCCCAGCAUUAGGACUCGUUGCAUCGGGUGCUGCUCUAGGGAUCGGUGCAGUCGCUGUUGGCAGGUACCUCGACGUUGACGUUCUCAAACGGUCCAACGAUCUAACAGGAACCGAAGUGGAGUAUCAAAGAUCCUCGAAUGCCGAUCAGCCGUUGUCGAGCGACUUGGAAGAACCGAAUGGAAGAGAAACGAUUGGAGGAACUGUGUACUUCCUGGAGAACGUGUCAGCGAUCGACAACGUCGAGGCCGAUGAUCGCGUCGAACCUCCGAACAAUCGAAACGGUGUUUUGGUGAUCCUCGAACAAGAUCAAAAUCGAGAGAGCAACUCGCGGAUCGGAGACGGAGAUCAGCCGACGACAAACGAGAGAAGAAAACGAAGCCUCGACUAUCUGGACGUUCUUCGAGCGGAAAGAAGCUCCAAGGGUCUAAUCAGAAACAUGCGUCUUCAGAGGAAAGGAGCGGACUCUAUGAGCGAGAUCGUGGAGAUCGAUCUACCAGCUCGCGAAGGAAACAUCGAUGUGACGGAAUUUCUCAUUCCAAGGAAAGAACCGUUGGAACCGAACGACGCCGACGGGAAGAGAGACGACGCUGACGCAGCGAUUCUGAUCGUUCGAGACGGGUCUACGCCUUCGAAGCUGUUCGAUGAGAAAUUUGGUCAAAAGGUAUUCGAUAAGAAUGACGUAGAGACGAAGAAUUCCGUGGACGGAAGAAACGAGAGACGAAAACGAAGGAGCGUCGAUAGCGAUCAAGAACUGGAGGACGCUCUUCAGAACUUCGAGAACGGCCAAGUCGCCAAAGUCGCCGAAGCAGCUCGCAUCGACAACGAUUGGACCAAUACGCCGUGUGCCAAGAGAUUAUUCUGCGACGCUAUGAUCCAGAGAGGUUCGGAUGCAGUAAUGCUAAUGGAGAAGAAGAUGGCCGCCCUUUUGGGUUUAAUCCAGCCUGGACCAGCUACUCAGGUGUCCAGCCAUUUUCAAGAGGUCAUGGAUGCUGUUCGAAGACACGAUUGUUCCAGCUUUCUGUGCCCUCAGGCUAGGCCGGGAAAUGUCUUCUUUUAAAUUCUCACGCAUUCCGCUUAGAACGCUCCCUUCGCGGAAAAGGGAACUGGUAAAUCGUCGAAUGCCGGACCGGUGAUAGCAAAGUCGACUUGGAUCGUCUCAAGUUUGAAGAAUUUUUACGAUCACACGGUCGCGAUAGAGACUAUCUUCUCAUAAUCCAGUCGCUUUAGAUUUACAAUUAGCUCAAGUUGCCGGAGCGACUGAACAAAGACAAUGGAACAGACUGUCCUGGAGAACGCGAAUUGGUUUUCAACCAAAACUGUACAUAUCUGUCACCGUAUUUAAUACGCACCUAAGCUCGUAAUUUAAGAGACUAGAUUUAAGCGUUAAGAGUGAAAUCGGUGAGAUCAACGAAAGACUCGAGCGGGGCAGCUUCGACGCGACCUAAACUAUAGUCUUUAGAUUACUUCGCACGUCCACCGUUGAGACUCGAAUAAAAUCUCGUAUGUCGGUCGAUUUUCAGUUUCCAUCGAGUCUUCCCUUUCGCUCGACCGAUGAGUUUCGAGGAUCAAAUUGUCUCCCAUGAAAAUUCGAUGACUAUUUCUUAUUAACACGUGUAAUGCAGCUGAAAAAGAUAUUUAUUUUGUUGUUUUUUCCGUACCCGUUGCAGAGAAAUAAUGUUUUCAUUAUAUGGCGUAUCGAAUGUAUGUAAAUUAGAAAUAAAUGGAA